AUGUCCAGAGUCCGUCCUUCUCUCCAAGAUGUGUGCGAACAGUACACGUCUGGCGAGGAUCGCAAUACCCUAGAGAACAUCGUCAGAGCCUUCCUAUUGUUCCCCACUUGGCAUCGAGCAUACCUCCUUCCGCUUGAAGACGCCAUGCGUCGGGCUGUUCCCGAUGCUCCAAGUCUAGCCCUGCCAUUCCUAGACGAGUGCCGGCCCUUCGACCAGAACAAUCCCCUCCCUUGGAUCUUGGCCACCCCGACUUUCGACCUUGAUGGGGAUAAUACGAACCCACUCUACUCCUACAAGUUUCAGAAGGGAGUUGCAGACAACCACGGGAAGCCAUCAGAUGCCCAGCGUUACAGCAAAUCAACGGGAUCACAGACGGCUCACCCCGCUUCGGUUGCCAGAAUUCUCAACGGCAAUAUUGCAGCUUGGCUAAGCGGAAAGAUCCAGAUUGACGGCAAGGCGUCGCCAACGUCAAUCCCGGACACUGUCUCCAUCGUCUCGAGAUACAAGGCCAGUCUCGAUGCCCCCAACUACACGCUAUUCUCGAACAAGGCUUCCAGGGGCGAGUGGCUUCAUAAUACGAAAGGCUCACUGGAGAGCAAGUUCCAUACCUCUCUUGAAGACCCACACAACGCUGUUCAUCUUGCCAUCGGAGGUUUCUAUCAAGACGGAGAAGAGAACGCUAAACCUGUUGAGGAUGUCCAUGGUGACAUGGGAGAGAACGAAACCGCUAGCUUCGACCCCAUAUUCUUCCUUGACCAUGCCUUCAUUGACUAUGUCUUCUGGACAUGGCAAGUCAAGCACCGCCUUACCAAGCCGGGUAGCCUGUUAGUGAAGCCCGACAUCACAGCGGGAACACUCAGCGCAGGAAGCCCUGUUCUCCCUCCGGGAAGCAAGUUGGAGAUGAGCAGUCCUCUUGCACCUUUCUUAAAGUCCGGAUGCAUCAGCGACCCUGUGUUCUACACUUUAGACGACAUCACCGACAUCAAUCAGUUGGGAUACAUGUAUGGCGAGGGUUCCCUUGACCUUCUGACCAGUGGGCCCGUUCUGGGCGACUCUGAGCUUCCACUUGUCGCUGUCGCCCGCGUCAGUGGCAUCAGCACCACGGACCAUGAGGGAUCGUUUGUCGUCCGUACCUCUGCCAAGCUUGCCGACGGUAGUGAGAUUGAGAUUGACCGCGAUGCAAUCCUCAGUCGAUGGGUUCUCGCAAAUUGCAAGAACUGUGAGAAGAACAAGCUUGAGACGUAUACUUACAUCCCUUUUGGCGCGGAUCUGAUGAGGGCAAUUAGAGCUGAGACUAAGGAGGACAUCCAUAGCAAGCUCACUGUCUCCGUCCAGACGCGCGGACAGAAUGCACCAGUCAAGGACUCAUACAGUGCUCUGCAGCCUUUGAUCGAAAUGUUUUAA